ACCGUAGCCACCUCCCAGCUGACAUUUGAGCCCUGCUUUCCGCACGGUCAAGCCUUUUGGAGGCAGCCAGCGUAUGCCUUGUAUCAAACUCUAUAUUUAGGAAGAACAACUGUGAGCUAUGACAGGAAUUCUCUUUAACACUUAGCCUUCAACCGAAUUCCCCUCCAGCCCCGAGCCAGGAGCAGCUCUCAAUACUGGGAGAAGCACAGAGCGCUUGAGCUAUUUCAGCCACAUGAAAAGCAUCGGAAUUGAGAUCACAGCUCAGAGGACACCGGGCAUCCCUUCCACCGUCCAAGGAGCUUUGUAUUCUUGCACCCAUCUGCCUGGGACUUUCCUUAGGCCGUAGACAAAUACAUAAAGCAGGGAUAAGACUGCGUGAAUAUGUCGAAACAGCCAGUUUCCAAUGUCAGAGCCAUCCAGGCAAAUAUCAAUAUUCCAAUGGGAGCAUUUCGGCCAGGAGCUGGGCAACCCCCUAGAAGAAAAGAAUGCACUCCUGAAAUGGAGGAGGGUGCUCCUCCCACUUCGGAUGAGGAGAAGAAGCCAAUUCCAGGAGCGAAGAAACUUCCAGGACCUGCGGUCAACCUAUCGGAGAUCCAGAAUAUUAAAAGUGAACUGAAAUAUGUCCCCAAAGCUGAACAGUAGCUGGAAGAAAAAAGGCUUGAUAUGAAGAAUUAAAGAGUAAGAGGAUGGAAUCAAAUGGACAUAGCUCUCUAAAAAAUUUUAUAUAUUUGUAUGACGAACCUCCUGAAUGCCUGAGACUCUAGCAGAAAUGACCUGUUUGUACAUUUAUAUCUCUUCCUUUUAGCUGGCUGUAUUUCUCACUUUAAUUUAUCUUCAUCUUUGGCACCUUGCAGAACAAAUAAGCCCAUGAAUUCACCAUCUAGUGGGUGUGGUUUUGAGGAGGAAUUUUAUGGAAGGGGAUAUGACAAUGUGCAUAACAAUUAUUUUGAUGGAAAGUUCUCCAAGCUACUUCCUACAGUGUUUUGGUCAUGAUUUGGAAUGUAUUUUAUUUCUUCACCUUUCAAAUUAUGUCAAUAAACUUUUUAUGAGCUCAAAUAAACAUUCGAGUAAAUGUAAA